AUGCAUAUUGUAAAAGAUCAAGAUUUGACGGGCAAGACAUGCUUGAUAACGGGUGCCAACAGUGGGAUUGGUUUGGAGAUGACCAGAUGUCUGAGUUCCCGUGGCUGCGAAGUGUUAAUGGCGUGUCGGAAUCCUUAUGAAGCCACUACAGUCGUCAAAAACGUUUGCUCUGACAUAAGUCUUCUCCGGUUUUAUGAAACUAAUCUUGCAACCCUCAGGUCUGUGAAAGCGAGCACGGAUGAAAUUUUAAAAAAGGAAAAGAAAAUUGAUAUUGUGUUACUCAAUGCUGCAGUAUUCGGCCUGCCGUGGACAGUCACUGAAGAUGGGUUUGAGACCACAUUCCAGGUCAAUUAUUUAAGCCAAUACUAUUUGCUCAUAAACAUUGAAAAAAUUCUAGCUCUGGAUGCUAGAAUCGUAUUUGUUUCGUCAGAAUCCCACAGGAACAUAAAUUGGGACUCGCAUAAAACUUUGAUGCUAUCAAUUGAUCAACUCUCUUUACCUAAAGACGAAUACACCUCGAUCAGAGCGUAUAAUAUUUCAAAGUUAUGUGGCCUACUAUCCAUGCAUUACCUGGCUUACCGGUGGCUGCACACACAGAAGCAGGUGUUCUGUGCCCACCCUGGCUCCUUCGUCAAGACCAGGCUUUGUCGAAAUUGGUGGGUGUACGAGGCGCUGUACACUUUUAUGAAACCUUUUUCGAAAACAAUUUGCCAGGCUGCAAGCACCCCGCUCUAUUGUGCCAUCUCACCAGACCUAAAAGGCGUAUCGGGUAUUUACUUCAAGGACUGUAAGCGGUGCUCCGAGAGCGACAUAGCGAACGACCUUCAUUUGUCUUUCAGACUCAACGACUUGACUAGCGAUGUGAUCCGCGAACGCGUUGGUAGUUACGAUGACGUCAUCGACCGAGUCAAACGAGACGAAUACGGCAAGCAGCAUCACGCCGAAGAUGAAACAGUUAUUUCCAAUUACUCGGGUACAAUCAAUUCAUAG